GAAGAAUGGUUGCUUUCUACGAAAAAAAAUCACGUGGAUUUUAUAUCUUUAGUAGUUUACCUACCGAUUCGAUUAAAUAAUUUCGAAUGAGAGACAUAAUCGACUAAUAUAGAUAUCCUUUUAGUCAAAAUAUCUGUCAAAAGUAAAAAUUUAUCAAAGCAAAGCAAGCAAGAGGUGUUUUUUUCAGUCAACUCAGUCGACGUAUCAUACGUCAUUUUUGUAGAAAGUGGGUGUUCGUUAUAGGCACUGAAGUAAAAAUACAAAGUAAACAUAUAAAACAUUGCAAAUAACAGUUAUGAAUUCAUGAAGCAUCGCAAUGGAAGGCUUGCCGUCCGGUGAUAUUCAAGCGAAGUACCAGAAAUUGGCUGCAGAGUAUUCAAAGUUGAGAGUGCAUGUAAAAGUGUUGAAGAAGGGUGUUCUAGACGAACAAGCUAAAUCGAACGAGUUCAGGGAUGCUCUAAAGGAAAAAGACAAGGCGUUGCGACGAUGUGAGUUGGAGUUAGAUUCGCUGACAUUCAGGAAUCAGCAGCUGACCCGCAGAGUGUCCGUGUUGCAGGAUGAACUUGAGGCUUUACAGUUAAAACAAAACAAGAAAUCCAAAAGUAAAAAUGAUGACAAACAGCCACCAACAUCCAGCUCGAUGGCUCCACUGGACUCUGGGUUGCUGCAGGAGGAACUCCAGAAGAAAAUCAUGGAGAAUGCACAGAUUGCUUCACAGUUGUCUGAUAGAACAUUUGAAGUAUCUCAGCUGAAGGCAACUCUGGAGGAUUACCAGCGGCACAUUAGUGAAAGUGAUAGUAAAUUCAAAUGUGAGAUUGCCAAGCUUCGGAAUAAGAACCAGGAACUGCAGUAUGCUCUGGAAGAAGCCCAGAAGGACCGGCUCGUGGGCACACCCAGUAAACCCCAUGUGACAUGUGCUAGUCAACCCCCGAGCUGCAAUGGAGACUUUUUAUCAGAAGGUGGCAGCUUGAUUGGAAGUGAAGAUGCGCUUAGUUCUGUUGAUGAUUUGAACUUAAAUGAGCAGCUUAGUAUAAAGACCCAUACAUUAGAACAGAAUAACCAAAAACUUAGAAUGGAGUAUGAGUUAUUACAAAUGGAAAACGAAAGCCUUAAAUUAGAAGUAGCAAAGUAUGUCUCUGCCUCGCAGAAGAGGAGAGGGGACGGGCACGACUCCGGAGACUUCAAUAGUUUUAAUGAGACGUGUGUUGACGGGGAGGGCAGAGUCACCGGGCUGCUGGGCUCCCUCGAGGUGCCAUUCCUGGUGAACCAUGAGGUGCAGGCGAGGGAAGACCGAGUUAGGACUUACUUUAGGAAUAAAAUUAGCGAUUUGGAAGUUGAGAAGAAUGAGUUAAAGAGCAAGACUGAACAUUAUGUAAAAGAGUGUGAAAUGUUAAGACUACGGUUUGAGGAGAUGGAAAGAGACAAACAGACAGACGAGCACACACUUCAGGAGAAACACAACACUAUCAGCCGACUGGAGGAGGAGCUGCACUCCACGUCUCACAACUACGAGGAGCAGAUGUCGGUGCUGACGGAGCACGUGGCGGGCCUCAACGAGCAGCUGACGAAGCAGCACGACGAGAUACAACAUCUGAAGCACCAGCUCAGCGGCAGGCGGAAGUAGACAUACAUAUGUGAUAUACAUGCUUAUACAAUUUUAUAUCUAUGGUCUGAUAGCUGACGGCAAAGAAAAUGGGAUAUUGGGCUCCGACGCUCAACGGCUGAGAAAGGAAGCGGGGAAAACUUUCGAAAAACUCUGGUCGAAAUAGCAAACAAAUUAUAUUAAUUUAGACCAGUUCAUAGACACAGCAGAGCUGUCUGCCGUGUCUAGCAGCAAGCAUUUGCUUAUCAUUGCCCUCACACGGGUCUUCUAUGGAGCAGGAGGAGGGACAGUUUGGGCAAGGCAACAGAUGAGGCAUGGAUUGAUGAAAGAGAGAAUACCUACUGACUAUAUACGAAUAAUACUAUACUACGGAAGCGUAUGAAAAACAAUAAAGCCGCUUGCGCAUAUUGCGUGGCGCUCUCGAAACUAGUCAGCCGGCAACGGUAAGGUGACUAAAUGUAAGCGGGGCCAUUGGGAAGCAGAGAGUGGCCGUCCUGUAUGCUAGUAUUCUUUAUACUACAUAAAUUGAACAGAAAUAGGUGACUCGCCCAUCUCUGUCACGCGUAAGGUGUGAGAAAGAGAAAAGCUGUGUAAGCGUCACGCAGAGGUCGUUUGGACGGCAGUGUCUUUAGCGGUGUCCUUUUUUGUAAUAAGAAAAAUAUUUGAUCGAAAACUAAGUUGUAGUAUAAUUUGGUUUUUGUUUUAUCGUUGAGUUUUAAAUUGAUAAAUACAAAUAUGAAGACACUUAACAAACAACACAAUGUUUUUUAACACAAAAACUUUUUUUUCGAUUAAUCUAAUAAACCAUUGAAAAUCGAAAAGUCGAAUAAUGCAUUUUUUACACGGCAUCAUAAUUUAUUAAGUUUACAAAAACUUAGUUCAUAAGGCAAAAUCAAUAUCUGUAUCGUGAUACGUCGUCCUGCUGACUCAACAUUUUAAUGUGAAAUUAGUAUUUAAAAUACUAAUUAAUUUUGUAUUACAAUUACAAUAACCGCAAUAUUUUUUUUAUAUCUAAAGCAUUAUGUUAACUGUAUCCAAGGGUGCGUCGCAUCAGUCAACUUUGACGUUAAACUGCGCAAAAAAAUGCAAAGUAUGGCAUUUUAUCUUAACGUCAGCAGCGCGCAGGUUAAAGGCAAAGUUGACUGGUGCAAAACACCCAAAGAAUCCCUAUAGCUAUACUUACAUCCUUAUCUCGCAUGUCUAUCUUAGCUUGUAUAUUUUGUAGCAACUCAGAUGGAAUUUGUUUUGAAAAUAUUCAUUAACAUUCCCUUUCCACUAAUCUAUAUAUUUCUUAUUUUAUUUCCAUUGAAAUAUUUGGAACUUUCUAUCACAAUGAAACGCGACAUGUAAUUAUACAAAACAGUAAUUUCAAACUAUUAACAACCCUAUCAGUUUUCAAAAAUCAUGUCCACACUUAGGCUAGGAUGAAAAUGUAAUCAUAAAAUGAAAUGUGAAUAACCAACUCUGUAUAAUAUAUUGUUCUAAUAAAAGUCGUUCAUUAUUA